AUGAGCGGCGUUUCUGGUUACGAUGUACCUCCCAUGUACAAAGACAAGAUUACUCCGCGUCAGCGACCGGACCCCCGUACUGACUCUGAGAUCCUCUCUGAACUCAGCAAACACAUCGAGGUAACUUCCGAGAAGAACAUAUGGUGCUUUUGGGACUCUGGACUUGACAAUCUUCCAAAUUGGUGUCGUCACAAUGUACUCAAUUGGGCACGCAUUUGCGACUCAACAUGGACAGUCCGUCUCGUCCAUAAAGUCCCGGGCAAGCCGAACUAUGCAUUGGACUGGAUUACACCCGCUGAGAAUCUCCUUCCACCGGCUUUUGUGGACAACACCAUGACAGGCCCUUACGUUGGUCAGCACUCAGCGGACUUGCUGAGAGUGGCUUUGAUCUGGAAGUACGGUGGCGUGUGGCUGGACGUCGGAGUCAUCCUCUUCAUGGACCUUGACCGGCUUUGCUGGAACCGACUGUCUUCUCCCGAAAGCCCUUAUGAGAUGUGUACAGCGUGGUCAAAUCAGACUUUUAUUGGAAAUCAUUUCAUCGCUGGGCGCAAAGGAACAGAGUUCUUGCUCAAGUGGCAACUGCUCUUCUCGCAUCUGUGGAAAGGCCGGACAUCCUGUGACGGAUUAUUUGGACACCCUCUCAUGCAUUGGCGUGCGGGUCUACCUUCUGACCAAAGCAUAGCGCUGAAGUUCAAAUGGCCAUUUAAUGUCCCUCUGACGACACUCGUCGAUUAUACGGCGCAUAUCUCAUGCUUCGGGCGAGUGGCAAAUCUACAGGAGCCAGAAAGCGGAUUUGAUGGCAAGACGUUCUGGCAUGAGAAGGUUCUGAAGAUUGAUGCGCUUGACGAAUGCUGGAGGGCCGAGAAGUUAAUUGGGUUCAAUGGACAGGACCUUUUUGAUUUACUGAAUCUGCGAAAGCCAGCCGCAGAUGCGGACCAGGAGCGAUACCAAAAGGCGGAAAAUUUGGUCUGGGAUCUACUAUCCAGUGCUAGCAUGCAGAAGGUCGCCCAUGGAAAGAAGUUGUUUGCUACGCCAGCGCUCGGAACUCUCUGGGACGAAAUGGAACGUGCAGGCGGAGGUUCUGGAGAGGAUACGCUUGCGAAGCUGUUGAGAGAUGGCAGCGUCUACUUCGAGCAAUCCAGACGGGAGCCAGAUUAUAUCGAAGUAGAGAAGCUCGAUUUCGUGCUUCGAAAGGGGCUGCUGGAAGAGUGA